AUGUCUCAAGAGGAAACGGGAAGUGUGUGGGCACUCUCUUACUUUCAGGGAGAUGACCUUACUUCAACCUCUGCAACCAUCAAGGCUAAACCUGAGGUGCAGCUAAGUGCCAGCACCAGAUAGAAAGUAACUUUUGAUUCCAAUGUGAAAACAUACGAGCUUGUUUUGCUAGAUGAAGUUGCUGAUUUCCUACCAGAGAAGUGUGAAGAACAUAGAGAGGAGGAAGAUUUGGUAAAAUCAAACCAAUCAAAGUCUUACUCUGAAGAUAGUUUGGUGACUUCAACGGGGUCUUACCCAACAAAUCAUAGGUACCAUAAUUGCUCAGAUAGGGAUGAUGAAGAUGGAGAAAUGGGUUAUUGGGAUAGUGAUCUUACUGAUGAGGAUUAUGAAGAAGAAGAUGGUGAUAGUGAUAUGAAGGAAGAGUGUAUUGAAUUGGGAGAGGACUUUAAAGAUGGAAUAGUAUACUCAAGUUCAUGGGCAAGAAGUGCUGCUAAUCAAGUGGGUGUUGAGGAUAUGUGAAGGUCAAUUGGGUUGAAUUUCAAUGCCCGAGAUAGGAGUGUUUAUGUUCAUCCUGUGCUGAAACCAGUACAAAAUCUCACUCAAUGGAAAGAAGUUAAGGCUAAAAGAACACCACCAUUGAUGUCUCAGAAAGAGAAUUUCAUUUUGAAUCAAGAGUCUCAAUCUGCAUUUGGCGCAGAAUCAUCAAAGAAGUUGAACCAGGAAAUUGUAAUUGAUGCUAGCCUUUCAAAUUGGUUGGUUUCAUCAGAAACUACACCUUGCAACAAGGCUAGCUCAGUAGCUUUGUAUGCGAGUACCCCUGAGAGGAGCAGCUCUCAAGGCUCAAAUUCAGUGAUUAGCUAUGAAGAUAGGCCAAUUUUAAGAGCAUUGACAGUUCAAGAGCUCAAACAGUUUUCAGUUUCUUCUUCGCCAAGAAAGUCGCCAAGUCCAGUGAGGGAUGAGAUGUACAUUAUAGGCUCUGCUGAGGAUUCUGGCUCAGCAAUUUUCUUUAAGGGAAGCACAUUGAGGAAAUUCAAGUGGGAUAAGAGAGUGAAUUGGCACUCAACCCCAUUUUGAGAUAAGGUUAGAGAGAGAGCUUUGAACGGAGGUGCUGCUUAAGCUUCUUCCACAUAUGUUACUCGUGUAUCUUAA